AUGUAUGUAGCUGAUCUUUUAAGUAGGUCAUUCAUAAAAGACAAAGUAAAUGAAGAUUGUGAAAUGGAAGAGGUUGUGCAUACGAUUGACAUAAUACCGUACGAGGUACCUAAAUAUCCAUUUGAGAUAGUGGGGUCUGAUAUAUUAGAAUAUGCAUCAAAAUAUUAUUUAGUUGUAGUUGAUUACUACAGCAAUUGGAUUGAAUUGAAAGAAAUACAAAGAAAAAGUAUAGAUGAAAUCUCAAAACAAUUAAAAGUAAUAUUUUCUAAUUUUGGGUUACCUGCAAAGUUUAUAUCUGAUAACAAUCCCUACAACAGCUUUAAAUUUAAAGAAUUUUGUAAUCAAUACAAUAUACAAUGUGUUUUUACGAGUCCCAGAGUUACACCACUAUGUGGUCUUGAGGCCUCACCUUCAGAGUUAUUACAAAGUAGGUUACGAAGAACAGGUUUGCCUAUAUCCAACAGAUUAUUGGAACCCAAAACCACUAACGAGUAUGGGAAAAAAGUAGAAAGAAAGUUGGCAGUAAAAAGCUAUCAUGAUAAAUCUGCACGUAGCAGCUCAGAUUUUAACGAAAAUCAAGAUAUACUAUUUAAAUUGAAGAAGGAUGGGUAUUGGACACCGGGAAAAGUCUUAUCAAAUACUAAUUCUCCACGAUCAUACUUGGUGAGUGAUGAAAAUGGCAGAGUUUAUAAAAGAAAUUCUUCCUUUCUAAAAAAUACAAAAAAUCCAACGGUUAUAAAUGCGUCAAACAACAACGAAAAUAUAAACAUAAACUGUAAACCUAGUAGUGCUGAUGAAUCAAGUGAGAACACUUGUUUGUCUAAUAGCACUGAUGUAUAUAAUGAAAACGAUUGUGGAACUAAUAAUAAUAAAACGGCAAAUGAAUGUACAAGUGUCAAGGAAGCAAAUAGCAAAUGCACAAGAUCAGGUCGGGUCGUCAAUGUACCAAAUAGGUUAAGAGACUAUUAUACAUAG